AUGACUCGAUUGCUUUCGUCAGGCUCACCGGAGCCAAACAAUACCGGGAGCCCCUCCACAUCAAUCAUUGGCUCUGAGGACGACGAUUGUUAUUCUCAGCAAAACGAUGAAUCUGACGACGAUGACAAGGCUACUUCCAUGGAUGGUUGCAGUGAUGAAGAGGCGGCUCAGGGACAACGAACCAAGAAACGAAUCAAGGAAUUAGCCUUGGGGGAAGCCAGAUCUGUAAAGUCCCUGAGCACUAAGGAUCUCGCAGAGUUAGUGGUUGAAAUGAUCGAAUGUAUGGCAGAAUUGGAAGAUCGGGUACAAUCUAGCGCAGAUUCACUCGCUCGCCAGGGCUUAUGGAAUCAGGAAAUGCAACGAGAGUUUCUAGAAAAGAUUGGUACUAAAGGCACGUUGGCGAAAGAGAUGGCUGCAUUGAAGAAACAGGUGGAGGUUUUGUCGAGCAGUAGUGCAGUCAAAGAUCGAGAGAUCGUGGGUUCAAAGCGUCAAAGACUGUGA